AUGUUUGAAACAGACAAGACACAACACAAAGAUAAUGACAGUAACAUUGAUGAGUGGAGUGACGCAGAUGAAGAUGAGCUUGCUAAAAUUGAUUUCUUUGAUAAUGGUUGUGAACUAUCUAAGUUCUCCCUGGAAUGUGACAAGUUGCUGUCAGCGGAAGGUACACCUCUUCAGCGCUACAGGCCUAAAUAUUUAAUCGUCUCGGAUUUUGUCCAGCAGUACUGGUGUGAACAACAGUUAUUGUACAGAUUGUCACCGGAGGCCUACCUACUUAAUGUAUCACCUGGAGUGGAUGUCAGUAUUGAAGAGAGCGCUGAAAGUAAGGAGGUGAAAGAAAGAGGAUCUGAUGUCCACCUGGCAAGAGAGUUAGAAAUUCAAGUGCCAGUUGAAGUUGAAGUGAUUACAAAAGAGGAUGCCUGGGCGGUUAAGUUCCUGAACAUACAAACGAUGAUCCUGGCUUUCACUAAAGGACACCGUGUGGCCAGAGAAGUCCCAGUAUUUGGUGUGCCUUUUGGGAGCGGCUUUUUUGUGUAUGGCAUUAUUGACGAAUUACAGUAUAAUCCUGACCUCCAUACUGUUGAGAUAUUGGAACUGAAAACUAGAAAAUCCUGCUAUCCUCCAAGAAAAAGUCAGCAGGAUAAAGACGCAUUUCAGGUAGGCUUAUAUGCUGAAAUGUUCAAUGAUCUUGUGCGAGGUAUGGUUACCAGAGAAAUGGUGGAGAAUCAUUUAAAACUGACACUGGACACACCGUUAAGUGGUGGCAUACAAAGGCACAUUCAUCAACAGAACAAGAAAGUUAAAAUGAAAAUAUUCACUUGUGGGGAUAUCUUGGAUAUGGUUUUAAGUCAGAUGCAGUCUUUCACCUGCAUUACUAAAGGCACAGUGGAGUACGUCCACCAAGAAAGCAGGAAACAGAUUUCCACAUUCCCCAUGACACUUGACCAGGAGAAGCUGAGAAGUCUCUUUCUCAAGCAGUGUGAGUGGUGGAGAGGAGAAAGAGGAACAGUCGGUGUAGAUGUUGAAGACUGUUGGAAAUGCAGCUAUUGUCAGUUUGCUCCCUUCUGUGAAUGGCGAGCUGUGAAGGCAGCUGAAUCAAAACAUUAG